GAUCUCUCUGUCUCUCUCUCUCAGCUUCCCUCUUCUCUCUCUGUCGCUAUAAUAAACUCUGUACUCGGGGAUCAGAUUGGCGAUCCAGUUGGCAUGGAGAAGCAGUGAAGAAGAACUCUGAAGAAGGAAGGAACGAGCAGCAGCAAUGGCGGUGGAGAAGAGGAGGGUUUGUUAAGCAUUGUGGAGUUGAGUUUAAUUACUUAAAAGAGCACCGAAAAAGCAGGAUAUAUAUAUAUCUAGAGAGAGAGAGAGAGAGAGAGAGAGAGAGAGAGAGAGAGAGAUGGUGGGCUCAGGAGGAGGAGGAGGAGGAGGAGCAACAGAUAGGAGCAAAGAAGCAGUGGGGAUGAUGGCCCUUCAUGAGGCCCUCAGAAGCGUCUGCCUCAACUCUGACUGGACUUACUCUGUCUUCUGGACUAUUCGUCCUCGCCCGAGAGUGAGAGGCGGUAAUGGCUGCAAGGUUGGAGAUGACAGUGGUAGCUUGAUGUUGAUGUGGGAAGAUGGGUUUUGCAGAGGCAGAGUUGCAGAUUGCUUGGAGGAAAUUGAUGGGGAGGAUCCUGUCAGGAAAGCCUUCAGCAAGAUGUCCAUUCAGCUGUAUAACUAUGGAGAAGGGCUGAUGGGAAAAGUGGCUUCUGACAAGUGUCAUAAAUGGGUAUUCAAGGAGCCAAGUGAAUGUGAACCAAACAUCUCCAACUACUGGCAAAGUUCUUUUGAUGCUCUUCCUCCUGAAUGGACUGAUCAGUUCGAGUCUGGCAUUCAGACCAUAGCUGUAAUUCAAGCUGGCCAUGGCCUUCUACAACUUGGUUCCUGCAAGAUUAUACCUGAAGACCUCCACUUUGUGCUGAGAAUGAGACAUACUUUUGAAUCUCUUGGCUACCAGUCUGGUUUCUACUUAUCCCAAUUAUUCUCGUCAACCAGGAACAGUUCCUCUUCUUCUUCUUCCUCUUCUUCAUCUUCUUCUUCAGUUCUUCCUCUGAGGCAGCCUCCUAUUCUGACUCGCCCUCCACCACCCCUCUUCAAUUGGGCAGGUCAAAGGCCGCUUCCAUCUCCCACUUUCCAGAACUCUUCCAGACUUGGAUUUCCACAGACCGCCAAAGAUGAUCAAACCCAUAUGUUUCUGCUUCCUCAUCAGUCGCCUGAUCCAACCCGAGUCGAUGACAUGAUUGGAGACCAUGAAACAGACAUCAAAUGGCCGAACGGUUUGAGUAUCUUCAAUGCUCUAACCGGCCAAACCAACGAUGCCAAGCUCUUGUUUACCCCAGAAGGGAUGGGAAACAAGCCGCCGGCUGACCAAAACCCGAACCCAAAUUCAGAUGCUUCUAACCUUCAUGACAAUGGCGGCAGAGCCAAUCCGAGCGAGUUCUUGAGCUUGGAUAGCAACCCGGAGAACAUCAACAUGGAAAAUAAGUUCAAGAGGGGCUUUGCAUUGCCUGUGAGAAUGGGGUCGUCUUCUUCUUCGGCUUCCUUCGAUCACCAUUCACACAAUCCACUAGAGUACAUGGAAUCCUUCUGAGAGCGAUCUCAAGAAGCUUGAGGAUAGUGAGUUGUAUCUAGCAAAAAGCUUUCUUUUUCCUUUUUUUUUUUUUUCUCUUCUCUUUCUCAUUUGUUUUUCAAAUCUUGUGUUGGUUUGAUGCUAUCUUAGGUUUGCUUGAUCUUAGUACCAUUUAUGGGACAUUGAUCUUUUUGAUAUAUAAUUUGUUUUGGACUUCAAACUUCA